CAGCUAACUAAAACUGUGAUUGAAAUUGCAAAGUAAAGCAAAUCCAUGCAGCUGUGAGAAAAUCAGCGAAACGAAUUCAUAUCAAACUUUUUAAAGAUUAUUUGGAAUAGUAGCCAAGAGCUAAGUGAAGAAGAGGGGAAAAGAGAGCGGUUAAAACAAGUGAAUUUCACCAACAACAACCGUAAAUGCAACGAAAGCACUCGAAGGAACAGCAGCAGUAGUAGCUGUUGCAGUUUUCUCAAUCGUAACAAAUUGUGGAACACUCAAUUAAACUCUAUUCAUUGAUAACUACUAAUAGUAACACCAAGAGACUCCCACAAAAAUGCUAAUCUACAUUUCAAACCAUCACCCAACCGCUGCCCAGUCCACGAGCCGGGCCUAACAAACGCAAACAUCACAACAACCACCACAACAAGAUGAACAUCGAGCAGCAAAAAUUCCCACCACCGCCAGCCACAACGAAUCUGCUAUUGGAGAGCGGUUACAGCAAUGGCUAUGCCACGCCCAGUAACAACAGCAGUAUUACAACGACCUCAGCGGAUACCUCGGCAUCAUCGCCGGCUUCACAGGCAACCACUUACGUGAAUAUACCAAUCUUGCCGCUUGGUCACCUAUCAGCAACCUCAUCUUCCAAUUCAACCGCCUCACCGCCGCUGCCAGCACCACCGCCGCCCUCUGCAGUGACAAUGAUGGGUGGUGGUAGUGGUGGUGGUGCCUGUGCAGUCAAUGGUGGCGGCACUAGCACCUUCAAAACACCACUGCUGCCCAUGCCCACACUCGAGGACAUCGAAGGCGGUCUGCUGGCCGUUACAAGUUCUAAUGCGCCUCCGUCAAUGCCCGUCGGUAUAUUGAAGUAUCCGAAUGCAGCUGCGGCGGCAGCAGCAGCUUCAGUGGCCACAACACCGCUAACGCUACCACCGUCAACAAUGAGUAUAUGUAGUGAUGGCAUAGGUCCGGGGCCGCCGCUGUCAGCAGCAUUACAGACACCAUCACCUGCUCUUUCAUUACCCGCCGCAGCUGCGCCUAGUGGCGGUUACUUGAGUGGCAUUGCGAGUAGUUAUCAAUCAGCGUCAUAUUCACAACAGCAACAACAGCAACAGCAGCAGCAACAACAACAAUUACCACCUGCCACACUAGCGCUUGCCGGCGAUAUGCUACAGCAAACAACAACACCUGUUACGGUACUUUCGCUCCAACAUGCAACACAACAAUCAAUAUCACUACCACCGCCACCUUCAGUGGGUAUACUAAAUAAUACGAAUAACGGUGUUACGUUAGGUAUGAGUUCGAGCGGUAAUUCUAAUGCCGGUCUUAGCAAUCGUCCAUCGGGGACAAGUGGUGGUAUGAGCAGCUCGGUCAGCGCAGCAACGAGCGGUGGUGCAGACUCAAAGCGUGCAGGAGGAUGUUGCGCUUGCUUCGGCAGUCAUAGCUCCUCUUCGACAACAACGAAAUCACAGCAUAAAAAGCAUCGUAAACAAAAAACACAAACAAUUUGGUCAGCAGUACUAACGAACCUGGGGAUUUGCGCUUUGCUGUUGGCGUACACUCUGUUAGGUUCAUUCAUAUUUCUAACAAUCGAGAGCGAAGACUCAACGUUCCUGCAACACCAUCAACACUAUCAGUACAGCCAUCAACAUGCCGUAUUGCAACGACAACGUCAACAGCAACAACAACAACAACAACAACAUCAGCAGCAGCAGCAACUGCAGCGUACACUCGCCUCAACAAAACGUGGCAGCAUUGGCAGUAAUGUGGAAAAUAUUUAUCACACUUCACCCGAACAACAAAUGCAUCUAUUGGACAAUGGCACUGCAUUAUCAACACUAAAUACAUACACUUCAGCGUCCGCGUCCGCGGCCACGGCAUCCGCAUCAGCAUCAUUAUCUGGCGCUGCUUAUAUUUCCUCCUCGUCGUCUUCUGCCACUUCUUUCUUUUCUUCUUCAGCGUCAAAUGCUGGCUCUUCUUCACCUGUCAAUGGUGUACUCGAGGGCAUUGUACCGUUGGGCGUUGAGAAUACUAACACUGAUGUUGGUGAUUUCGGUUAUGGUGAUGAACUGCACGGCGCUGAUGGUGGCGUCACUUCGGCACAAUUGGCGCUGUCCGCGGAUACGCAGGAAGUGCGUCAGCGUACCAUUGAGAAUAUAUGGGAUAUAACGGUGUCGUUGAAUAUACUGUACAAGGAGAAUUGGACGAAGUUAGCCGCUUUGGAAAUUGCCAAAUUUCAAGACCAAUUAAUCAAGAGACUGAAUGAGGAUGCGCUUUUGCAAUUAUCACAUGAAAUGGAUGGCAGCCUAACAGCUGCUGCUGAUGGUGGUGACAGCGGAAAUGGUGCGACGAUUGCCGGUAAUAGUCCGGCAACGGAAGCUGUGCUCCUACACACACAUGGCGGUCAUUAUGGUCAUGGUCAUGGAACGCAUGAAUGGAAUUUUGCUAAAGCAUUUCUUUACUCGCUCACCGUACUAACGACAAUUGGUUACGGCAACAUCGCACCACGCACUACACUCGGCCGCUUGGUAACGCUCGUCUAUGCCAUAUUCGGCAUACCACUGACGCUCGUUUAUCUCUCCAGUACUGGUGGCAUUUUAGCGAAAGUGGCACGCGAAGUAUUCUCCAAAGCGUUAUGCUGUUGUCUGUGCUCGAAUUGUGGCUAUUGUUGUUACGAUGAAAAGCGUAUGGCCGAAAAGGAGCGUCGCAUGAAACGUAAACGUCAGCAAGAGGAAUUGCGUAAACAGCAAGUGACCCUGCAGGAACCAUACUAUGUACACGAUACAUUUCAAACGACGGAGAAACAUACAAAUCUACCUGGUAGUACACAAACUUUACCACCCGAUAUCGAUUCGUUGAGUGCAAGUGAAUCGCGUGGUUCCAUGCAUGGUUUAAGUAUAUUAGCGCCGAUACUGCUGUGCCUGUCUAUGAUGGUCAUUUACAUACUAAUUGGCGCUGUGGUAUUGUAUCGCUUAGAGGAUUGGCCCAUACUUGAUGGCAUCUAUUUUUGUUUUAUGAGCUUAUCAACAAUUGGUUUCGGUGAUAUGCUACCAGGUUUACGUCGGGAGUCCACCACGACAACAUGGUUCUGUUCGAUCUACAUUAUGUCUGGCAUGGCGCUGACGGCGAUGUGUUUCAAUGUAAUACACGAGGAAAUCGUGCAUCGCAUUAAAAUCGUAGUGGAAUUCAAGAAGAGUGGCAAUGUGCUGAUGGAUACAUUGGGCGAGGAACAGGGUUACUAUAUGCCAUCUUGACAAUAUGAAAAGGGUACUAGUUUGUACAAACGCAAUCCCACCGAAGAAACACUGGUGUCGGGCACACCAACUUCGCUCGCAUAUGGCGCUCAACUAGAUACGGAACUAAAUCAGAUGCAUGCUUUGAAGGAUUAUGUUAAUCAUGAGCUUGUGCCCAUACUCACUAUGGAUCCAAAUAGCUCGACAACAACUUCAACACAUCUCCUAAAGGGUGGCAACACUAAUGUGCUACCUUUGAAUAACCUAACACCGUAUACAAGUGCGCCAAGCACAGCAACGACACCAUCUAAUCUGCUACCAACAGGCUUGGGUCUGUCCACCUUGAGUACGCCGCCGGAGACGUCUAUUAGCGGUAAUGCGGCACAAGCUGGAAUGAGCGUUUAUACACUUAGUGAAGAACCGGAAAUGGAAACUUAAAAUAUUUUAGAUUAUAUUUACGUAGCAGGAAUGAAAAACAUUAAAAAAGAAGAACUAUGUUAGCUAUAGCUUAGGAUUACUCAUAUACUCUUAGGGCACUAGGCGUAAAUUUAUACAUACAUACAUAUAUAUUGUAAAUAAUAACUAGGUUAGGUUAGUUUAAGCUGGCUGACCCAUUGGGUCGCACAUAAGUAUGUAGACGAAAUACAUGCAUGGUGUUGCCGGGCAGACCAAGCUACACUUCGAUUGUGUCUCCAGUAUGAAGAACACUGCUAGAUACAUACAUGCAUGCCUACAUAUGUAUGUAUUUAAUUUUAAAAGUUGAAAGUUGAAAGCUUGCAAAGAUUUUUCCAAUGCGAGCUCAUUACCAGUUUUUAGUAACAGCAUAUUAACAGUAAAUAUGGACACUAGGAAUACUGCAAAGGACUAUUUGCGACUCAACUAAAUAACUGCUUCUUGCCGAUUUGAAUGGCUCAGCCGUAGACGAGCGCUUCAAAUGAUUUGUGUCUCUUUGAAUGAUCAGUUUGUUGCUUCUCAAGCCUUUUUUGUUUGAUUGCGAAUUCCCAUUCGCUCCUCUUCUUACCAAAAUUUGGUGGAGCCUCAAAAAAAAAGAAUAGUACAGUCAAAAUCUUGCGAUAGAGAUUACAUACAUAUCUGUGCACAUAUAUAAAAAACUGUGUAACUGCUCUAUUAAUUGGAAAAAUAUUUACUUUUACCAUUUGCACACUGAGAAAAAUUAAUACUGAUCUCUUUGAUUGAGACAUGAGUUCAAACGAUUGCCUCAGUAGUGCUCUCCAACAAAUGGUGACAGUGGUUAUAAAGCAAAAAUUUCCUUUUCUUUAUUGGAGCUAUGGAAAAUCUAAACCCGGCAAAAACGUCAAACAGUUUGAUUGCGUCAGUUAUUUGGUGGAUACAACGACUUACGGACGGCUCAUAGAUAGAAGAUCUAACGUUCUUUGCCCUCCAGGGGACAUUGAUAGCACACAGUUGUUGAGAAUUGCAAGAAGUUCAAAACCUUGAAGCAUUUUUAUAGUGUUGAAACUGGGAAAAUACUCAAAAGUCACAUUAUUCAAAUGUGUCUCUGCAGUUAUUAGUGUUUUUCUUCUGCCUUUUGGUUGACUAUCAAGUUCAGCAACGUUUUCUUCAACUGAAUACGAAGUUCAUCUACAUUUAUAAAUUCCGAAACGGUAAUGCAACUCAAGUGGAAAGUGUCUUCUACUUCUCCAAGCAAACUUCUAUCCAAAAAGGUAGGGUACGAUAUCCCUCACCUUUGGAAUAGAACGUAUGUCAAAUACUCCAAAGCCAAUUUUAACUAUUAUUAUCAAUAAAAUAUCAAUGUUUUGUCGAUGGAACCGAAAAACGUUUGAAUACAAUAGAGAAUUACAGCAGAUAAUCUUUAUUGUUCAAAUGUUUUUCAUUUGCCAUUUUUUUGUAGCUCUAUUUUGGGUGCUAACUGACACAGGGUGAGCUCGUUAAAAGUUUUUAAA